UUUGAAAGGAUCAGUCAGUGUGCCGUUGUGAUGUUCACGUGAUCAGUCCGGUUGUGGUUAUUUCAGAGAGAGCCGCUUACUUAGAGAGAUAAAAUAUAUGAAAUCGGUGAAUGUAAUUUCAUUUGUUUGACUGACUGAUGUAUUUUACGUGCAGUUUGAUUUGACAGCGUGAUUUUGUAAUGCGUCUGCCAUCAUCCUGUCUGCUAAUGGAUGUUGAGGCGAUAUACAGAUCAAAUGAUAUGGACAGUUUUAACAGAUUUGACUGAAAAUAAUCGACGAUCUCAUAGAUUUUAAUAUGAUACGUUACACGGUGUUUAUUUACGAUAUCCUCUCUGAUUCAUGAGCAUAUCCGCUUAGCAUUAGCAUUAGCCGAGGCUGUCAGACACAGAGUCUCAGCUGUACUGUACACACACACAUCAUUCUCAUGGCGAACAUGACGGAUCUGCAGAGCAAAUACAGUAAACUGGCUCAGGAGUAUUCAAAGCUCAGAGCUCAGAACCAGGUGUUAAAGAAGGCGGUUCUGGAUGAACAGACGGGCUGCAACUCGCUGAAGGAUGAGCUGAAGCAGAAGGAGCAGAGCCUUCGGAAGGUGGAGCAGGAGAUGGACAGUCUGAGCUUCAGGAACCAGCAGCUGACCAAGAGGGUGGAGCUUCUGCAGGAGGAGCUGCUGCUGUCCGAGAGCAAGAGCCGGAAAAGCAAAAAUAAAGGAGACUCGCCACCUCAAGUUAACCAGCAGGCACAGAAUGUGUUUGAUGAAGAUCUGCGGAAGAAGAUCCAGGAGAACGAAAGGCUUCACAUCCAGUUCUAUGAAGCGGAUGAGCAGUUCCGUCGACAGGAAGCUCAGCUGCGAGCGCGACUGGAUCAGCUGGAGAAAGAGUCUGAGCAGCAUCAGACUGUAGUGGAUGAUCUGACCAGCAGAUACAGCGACACCAUCGAGAAGCUGCAGAGCGACAAAGCUCGCCUCGAGGUGACGGCUCAGACCCUGGAAAGAGAAGCCAAGGACUGUCGGGUCAGAACUGAAGAGUGUCAGCAGCAGCUGAGGAAGUAUCAGAGUGAAGUGAGCAGUCAGUUAAAGCACAGCAGCAGUUUGAUCCUGGAGAAAGUGCCCUUUAAUGACACCCAGUCGAGUGACUACAACAGUCUGAACGUUCCUCUGCACAACAGACGGCAUCAGCUGAAGGCUCGUGAUGUGGCGGCUCAGGCUCUGGGCUUCCUGCAGAAUCUGGUGUCGGCGCUGCUGAACUUCCACUCCUACACCGAGCAGAGAGUCCAAAUCUACCCGCUCGACUCGUCCAUCGAGGCCGUCUCCCCCGUCAACCAGAGGUUCUCCCAGUAUCUGCACGAGAACGCGGCGUACCUGCGCCCCCUAGAGGAGGACUUACUGCAGAUACAGCAGAGCAUCACAGAGGACGCCAUCACUGUCCUGGAAACUCUGGCCAAACUGCAGGACUUCUCCAGAUCCUUCUCCGCCUACAGCAGCUUCCUGCAGAAGAUCCUGCCAUACCAGCUCAAGAGUCUGGAGGAGGAGUGCGACGCUUCUCUCUGUACGGCAGCGCUGAGGGUCAGGAACCAGCAGCUGCAGAACGACAUGAAGAAGCUCUCGGCCGUCUUCCACAAACUCAAGUCUUACGUGGCUCUGCUAGCCGUGCCCAGUGUUCGCUCAGAUGCCAUGUGUCAGAGCAGCGCUAACGCCGUGUUCACCCAGAUGAGCGCGAGCUUGCACAGCCUCCACGACGUCACCACAGAGCUGUCCACACACUACAGUCAGAAGGUUUCCCUGGAGCAGGAGCUGCCGACCGCCACACAGAAGCUGCGCACCACCAACGAGUGUCUGCUGGCGUCUCUGGCGGCGCUCACCAGCAGCUGCGGCAAGAUGGCCACCUUCUUCAGCAACAGCCUGGACUUCCUGGCGUCGUGUCCUGGCUACGGUCCGCGAGGCGGCGUCCUGAACCCGCUGCAGGCCCACAGCGUGAUGGACAACAAGAGGCGCGCCGCCACUUACAUGAGCGCCAUCCAGAAGGCCAGACCAGAAUCGGUGCCGUACAGAGAAGCUUUAGCAAACCGGCAUGUUCUGACGAGCUCUACUGAGAGUCGAGAGGGACUCAUGCAGCAGGUUGUCCAGAGUCAGGAGAAGAUGUGUCGUCUGGAGCAGGAGAAGGAGCACUGGCUGCUGGAGGCUCAGCUGGGUCAGGUGCGUUUACAGAAGGAGACUCAGCGCAUCGCUCAGCUGGAGGCUCAGAUCCUCGCCGGGUCUCCUGCAGAACCACACGGCGCUGCUCAGAUCCUAUCCGGGACCCCAGCAGGACCACACAGCCCCGCUGACGGACCCGGUGCUGCCCGUCCUGAUAGUCCAGAGCCCGUCCAGGACACCAGCCUGGUCGGCAUUUUAACCAUCACGUCCUGCGGCGAGAGCGCUGCAGAUCAGGAAUCUCGUGAGCAUCUGAUCAAAACUCAUUACAUGAGCCGUGUUUCAGAUCUGACUUCUCAACUACAGAUUUGUGACAGCAAAGCCGUCCACUUCCACGCUGAGUGCAGAGCUGUUGCCAAACGCCUCACCAUCGCAGAAAAAUCACGUGAGACUUUGACAGAGGAACUGAAGCUGGCUAAUCAGAACAUCACUCGCCUACAGGAUGAGCUCAGCACCACGAAGAGGAGCUACGAAGAUCAGCUGAGCAUGAUGAGCGACCACCUGUGCAGCAUGAACGACACGCUCAGCAAGCAGCGCGACGAGAUUGACACGCUCAAGCUCACCUCCAAGGGAAACUCAAAGAAGAACAAGGGCCGGUAACGGACAGACAUCAGAGGGGCCGAACACCUGCGUUUGACACACACACACACACACACACACACACCAGUGACACAAGACCGGAAGAUCUGCAGUGUGUGUAUGUGUGUGUGUGUGUGUGUGUGUGGGAGAGAGAGAGAGAGAGAGUGUGUGUGUGUGCGUGUGUGUGAG